AAAAUCUUUGUUUUGGUCAUACCUGUUAUCGACAAGCGGAUACACGGGCUAGCAACAAGAGCUGAUGUUUGCUACGAAUAUAUAACCACAGCUAGCUGGCUGAAUCACCACUCGUUACUCACUUAUAAGGAUAAUUGGUCGGCACAUCAACAAAUAAGUAUGGAUUCCGUCAACGCUUUCAACUUGGAGUUAUUCGCCAUGAUUGACAUGAAGCCUCCAAUAUCACGAGCAAAGAUGAUGUCAGUUACUAAAUCAGCAAUAAAGGCUAUCAAGCUAUACAAGCAUGUCGUCCAGAUUGUGGAAAAGUUCAUCAAGAAGUGUAAGCCAGAGCUGAAGGUUCCUGGCCUAUACGUGGUGGAUUCUAUAGUCCGACAGUCCCGACACCAGUUUGGAGUGGACAAGGACGUCUAUGGACCCAGGUUCCAAAAGAACUUCACCCAGACCUUCCAGAACCUCUACCUCUGUCCACACGAUGACAAGAGUAAGAUCAUCCGUGUUCUCAACCUGUGGCAGAAGAACGCUGUGUUUGAGAUGGACGUCGUCCAGCCCCUGUUGGACAUGGCUACUGGCUCUUUCGUCCUUACUCCCUCCCCCCAGGAGGACCUCCAGCCCCCAGUCUCCAGUACCUCCAUAGCAGCAGCCCAGCACCAGGCCCAGCCCACAGUCUCCAUAGCAGCAGCCCAGCCCCAGUCCACAGUCUCCAUAGCAACAGCCCAGCACCAGCCCCUGCCCACAGUCUCCAUAGCAGCAGCCCAGCCCCCUGUCUCUAUAGCAGCAGCAGCCCAGCACCAGGCCCAGCCCCCUGUCUCCAUAGCAGCCCAGCACCAGGCCCAGCCCCCUGUCUCCAUAGCAGCAGCCCUGCCCCAGCUCCCACCACAGCUUCGGAACCCUGAAGCCCUGGCUGCCGUGGCCCAGCUCUUCCAGUCCGGACAGGGACACGAGCUUCAGAAGAUGCUUCUGAGGUUCCAGCCAGGGCAGCAGACCACCGCUAUGGUUCCCAACACCAUGGCUGACGAAACCCAAACUAUGGUUCCCAACACCGUGUCUGACCAGACCCACUCACAGAUGGUCCAAGGCCAGCAUAACACACACCAUCCACUGUUCAACUCACACCACACACAUCCUACAGAGCAGAAUAACUCACUAGCUAAGAAACUCCUGGACCGGUUUGAUUACGACGACGAACCAGAAGAAGUGAAGAAAGAAGAGUUGGAUUCCCUCGUUCCAGGAAACGUUUACGGUGGCCAGUUUCCUGGUCAAACGCCGCCCAACACGGAGCAGCAAUUUCAGGGCCACAUGAUGGGCCAGCCUGGGAGGCAGCAGACACCUGGUGGAGGAAACCCUGGUCCGAACAAGGGCUACAGUCAGAGCCAGCACUCUGCCCAGCAGAACCAGGACCAGGGAAACCCCAGAGAAAGGGAAGAUCCGUCUGGGAGGAGGGAUGGUAGGGAGGGGAGACAGCGCGGCCACGGCAGGAGGUCACGCUCCAGGUCCGGCUCUCGAUCUCCCAGGAGAAAGAGGUCCAGGUCAAGCUCUCGCUCGCGGAAGCCCCGACACUCCUCCCAACGCUCCGGGUCUCGUUCCAGGGAAAGUCGCUGGAACUCCCCUCGCUCCCGCUCGCAGGAGAGGAAGGAGAGAGAGAAGGACAAAGACCGUAGACAGAAAGGUCUGCCCAGCAUCAAGAGCCAGACACUCGGUGUUUGCACCACGACUCUGUGGGUGGGCCAGCUAGACAAGAAGACUUCUCAGCAGGACGUCAUGUGUUUACUAGAGGAGUUUGGGCAGAUAGACUCCAUCAAUAUGAUCCCUCCUCGUGGAUGUGCCUAUAUAGUGAUGGUUCACAGACAGGAUGCCUACAGAGCUCUACACAAACUCGGCAGAGGAUCCUUCAAGGUCAACCAGAAGACCAUCAAGAUUGCGUGGGCCUUGAACAAGGGUAUAAAGGCGACCCAUAAGAAGUUCUGGGACGUGGAGCGAGGCGUCACCUACAUCCCCUGGAGCAAAGUGAAGAUGGAGGAGCUGGAGGGGUAUAGGGAGGGAGGCAUGCUGGACGCAGACACACUCUGUCCAGAAUGGGGAGAUAAAGUGAAGGAGCUGACUAAACCAGGAGGACUGAACAAUGGAGGAGGAGUGGACGCCAUGGAGACCGAGGGAGCUGCCACCGCCCACGUACAGGUGCCUCCAGUCCAGCCAGUAGGGUCUAUGGGUGGUCCCCCUGGAUUCCCUGGCCCUCCCCCCUCCCUCACCACCAGUGGACCCCCUCUCUUCUUGCCCGCUGGCUUCAACCCCACACAGCCUCCAGGUUUCCCUCAUCCAGUAGUGGGUGGGCCAGGAAGCAACAAAGAUGAAUCUGGAUCUAAAGACAAGGCUGGAGGGAGUGGUGGCCCCUCAGACACUCCAGACAGCCAGCUGGGAGCUCCAGGUGGACCAGGGCCCGUGAUGAGUCCUCCAGGCCCAGCAGUGUUACUGGGUCCCAGGCCGGCCAUGCUGCCCAUGCAGCCUCGUCCGGGACUACCACCCCCUCACCUCCAGCCCCGCUUCCCCCCUCACCUCCCUCCCCCCAACAUGCCCCCUAUGAUGAUGGGCCCCAGGGGCCACAACCCUAUGUUCCCCCCCAGGGGGGGCCCUCCAGGUGGGUUCAGGAUGCCCAUGGGACACCCUUCCAUGGAGGACUUUCCUCACGGACCCCCCAGACAUCCCUUCCAGCCAGGACCCCCCGGGGAGGAAGAGGGCAACUGGGAGGGUGGGAGACACUUCAGGGACGAGAGGCCAGGGUUUGGGGGACAUGACAGGGAUGGGGGGAGGUUUGGGGAGCGGGGGAGAGGGUUUCCUAGAGGAGGAGGAGGAGGAGGAAGAGGAGGGGGAAAUGGUUGGUCCGUAGAUGGGCCUGAUGGGAGGGACCGCUUCAUGAACCGACGGGAUAGAUUUGAAUGGUGAUGAGGCAGGGCCAGGAGGGUUCAGCCGUAGAGACUGGGGUAAUCAUUCAGGGUCCUGUUCAGUAGGGAGAAAACGUUUUGGAACAGAGUGAAACCGGAAAUGAACUACCUGAAGUUGUCCAGUAUAAACCCAGAGUUUUGUUUUUGCUGAACAUAACCCAAGAUGUCUGCCCUCGAGAACUACUUGGGAGACUGGGCACACGGACUCAGACGCAGACAUUGUAAUGUACAGCCUGUCCCCGACGAGUUUCUCCACCGUUCCAAAGACAUUAAGACUAACACAGAGGGAAAAAAUUAUGGGACGGUUUCCCAAAACAUAGAAUAAGCCCAGUCCAUGAAUAAAUAACAUGUUCAAUGGAGGAUCUCUGUUAGAAUGGCUUCUUAGUCCAGGACUAUGUUUAAUCUGUGUCUGGGAAACCUACCCUAUCAGAAUAUCUCAGUUUUAAACCAGUGGAAGUCUAAUUUUGAAGUCCGUUCAUAUGAAGAACUUUGUCCUACCUUUUUGAGCUGAUCUGUUCUGACAGAACCACUGAGAGAAGAAUACUGCUUUGUAUAUAAUUGUAUUUGUGCUGAUGGCCAAUAUUCUGUUUUGUAUAUUUUUGAGUGAAUGUUUUUGUUUCUUCUCCAGUAAGUCUGUCACUAGGGCAGUGAGGAGAAACAGACUGUUGGUCUGAAAACACGAUCAUCCUUGUAUUGAUGGGUGAG